UUUAAUCCUACAAUCCCCAAAACCCUUACCUUCCUCUUCCCGACUCCUAGCAUACUUCCUUCUAUUGCCGGACCUAAUAUAUCGCUUUCCGGCUCUACGAUCUACACUUCAUUGCCGGAGUUCAGCCGCCGCCGCCGUUACCAAAGGUUCAAGCUCUUCGUACAAAAUGGGGAAGACGAAGACGGGAAAGAACCGCCUCGACAAGUUCUACCAUCUCGCAAAAGAGCAAGGCUACCGCUCUCGCGCGGCUUUCAAGCUCCUACAACUCGAUGCCAAGUUCCGUUUCCUUCCCACUGCACGCUCCGUGCUCGAUCUUUGCGCAGCACCCGGUGGCUGGUUACAGGUUGCCGUCCGCCACGCUCCCGUCGGCUCGUUCAUUCUCGGCGUUGAUCUCGUGCCCAUACGCCCCAUACGAGGCGCGCACACCAUUGCGGAGGAUAUCACUACCCCGCGGUGCCGUGCCGCUAUCAAGCGACUAAUGGAUUCGAACGGCGUUUCCGUCUUCGAUAUUGUUCUUCAUGAUGGUUCGCCGAAUGUUGGUGCUGCGUGGGGAAAGGAUGCGACGAUGCAGUCUUCUCUCGUUGUUGAUUCCAUACGGCUUGCUACCAGUUUCUUGGCCCCCAAGGGCAGUUUCCUAACCAAGGUUUUUAGGUCACAGGAUUAUAGUGCCAUCAUAUUUUGCCUUAAACAGCUUUUUGAGAAAGUUGAGGUAACUAAACCAGUAGCUAGUCGCAGCACCUCUGCAGAAAUUUAUGUUAUUGGUCAAAGAUACAAGGCCCCAGCUAAAAUAGACCCACGUCUCCUUGAUGUGAAACAUCUAUUUCAGGCAUCGACAGAGCAACCUAAGGUUAUCGAUGUUCUAAGAGGGACAAAGCAGAAGAGAAACCGCGAAGGGUAUGAGGAUGGAAUUACGACUUUAUGGAAGGUCGGGAAAGUGUCUGAUUUUAUAUGGUCAGACUCACCACUUGAGUUUCUUGGCUCGGUUAACGCAUUAUCGUUUGAGGAUUCAUCAUCUUUAUCUGUUAAGGAGCACGAUUUGACAACAGAUGAGAUUAAAUCACUAUGUGAGGAUUUGUAUGUUUUAGACAAGAAUAGCUUCAAGCAUCUUUUGAGGUGGCGGAUGCGCAUUAGAAAGGCACUGUCAUCCUCAGAUAAAGAUGCUUCAAAAGUUGCAAAUGUGAAAAAAGAUGUGAAGGCUGAUGAGGAUGAACGUUUACUUAUUGAAAUGGAGGAGCUGACAAAUGCAUUGGAGCGCAAGAAAAAGAAAGCAAGGAAGCUCCUUGAAAAACGCCGUGCCAAGGAUAAAGCGCGCAAGGCAUUGGGUAUACAAAUUGAUGCCACUGAAGACAGUUAUUUUGAUAAACAGUUGUUCUCGCUCACUGCAAUAAAGGGGAAAAAAGAUUUGCAAACAAUUGAGUCAGCCAGUGAUGAAGAUGGUGAACUUGGAGGCAGUGAAAGUGAAGCAGAAACUCGUGUUGCUGCUGAUUCCUAUAGUGAUUUAGAUUCUGAUGAGGAACAGAGGCGAUAUGAUGAGCAAGUUGAGGAAAUGCUUGAUGAAGUCUAUGAAAGAUAUCUGAAUAGGAAGGGAGGGAGCACAAAACAACGUAAACGUGUCAAACGAAGCCUUUCUAUUGGAGAUGCAGAGUUAAUGGAGAAUGCCGAUGGCGAAGAUAUAGCUAUGGAUCCUGGGUCUGAUCAGGAUCAGGAUGAGAAAGAAGCAAAUCCUCUUGUUGUUCCAUUAAAUGAAGAUGACCAGCCAACUCAAGAGCAAAUAAUGGAGCAAUGGUUCAGUCAAGAUGUGUUUGCUGCAGCAGCAGAAGAGGGUGUGUUACAGGCGAGUGACAGUGAAGAAGAAAAACUCUUGCCGCCAAAAAUUUCGAAAAACGCAGAGGACAGGACACUGCUCCCAAAAGGUCCCAGUCCCCCGCAAUCCCAAAAAGCCAAAAACCAAGAAGAUUUCGAGAUAGUUCCGGAAGAGCGCAUGGAUACCAGCGACGACUCUUCCUCCUCCGAUGAGGAAUCAGAGGAAGAAGAAGACGACGACACGAAGGCAGAGAUUCUCGCCUAUGCGAAGAAGAUGCUGCGAAAGAAGCAGAGGGAGCAGAUUCUUGAUGAUGCUUACAACAAAUACAUGUUUGAUGAUGUUGGCUUGCCAAACUGGUUUGCAGAAGAGGAGAAGAGGCACUCCCAACCAAUGAAGCCUGUGACAAAGGAAGAAGUUGCAGCAAUGAAGGCACAGUUCAGGGAAAUUGAUGCCCGGCCGGCGAAGAAAGUCGCAGAGGCGAAAGCGAGGAAGAAGCGAGCUGUGAUGAGGAAGAUGGAGAAGGCUCGCAAGAAAGCCGAUGCGAUCUCAGACCAGACUGACAUUUCUGAAAGGUCUAAGAGAAAGAUGAUCGAUCACCUGUACAAGAAGGCAAUGCCAACAAGGCCUAAGAAGGAGUAUGUGGUGGCCAAGAAGGGGGUGGCGGUGAAGGGCGGUAAAGGGAAGGUGGUAGUUGACCGGAGGAUGAAGAAAGACAGGAGAACUAAAGGGAUGGGGAGGCCUGGGAGGGGUGGCCGUCCAGUUAAGGGCAAUGGUCCCAAAGCUAAGGGUAAGGGUCCUAAGGCGAAGGCCUCUGGCAAGAAGGCAGGCAAGAAGAGAAGUAAGGCUGGCAUUAACGAUUGAAUUUUUUUUUUUCAUGUUAAUUAAUGUUUAUUUGCAAUCUUCUGUUUUCUGUGAGGUUAAGAAUUUUGACGGUAACAAAUUUGUUUAAUAGUGAUUCACAUAUAGAACUUAAAAUAUUGAGCAUAAUGUAUAUUUUUUCUGAGA